GUCCACUCCUUCCUCUUUCUGUGUAUAUAUAUAUAUAUAUACACACACACAUACACAUUUAUUUAUAUAUAUGACGUUGGCUCUGACCGGUACACAAAUUCCUAAAAAGGAGCACACCAUCCGCUGUCAUCGGCAAACACAAGGAUAAACAGGGUACCAAAGUGAAAAGUAAAGAAAAAGGAUGCUGUUGCAUCGAGUGACGUCCUUGUUUCGCAACGUGACCAGCUUUAAGAAGACAAAUGUUAUAACCAAAUCAUACCUGCGCUCAGCGAUAACCACACCAUCCGGAGCGAUAUUGCCCGAACCUCAGAGAACGCCAUUCAGCCUUCUGGGCGUCGUCAGCAGCGUCGUGUUCGGUCUCCUCGUUGGUGCCACGAUCAGCAAGAAUGUGGCGAACUUCCUCGAGGAGAACGAUCUCUUCGUACCCUCCGAUGACGAUGACGACGACGAUUAGUAAUGAUAGGGCAACCACAGCAUUCCAUUGUAAUUGUUGAAAGUACACAGCUGUAUUAGAGGUGUCCUUAACGCUAAAUGAGUCAAGUUUGAUGUCACAGAAAUGCAAGAUAGUAAUUGCACGACGUCAAAUAAUAAAUGGAGAGAUAUCUCUUCACUUGCACUGUUUAGGUAUAUUAUUUAAGACACACAUUAUAAUGCCUGACUAAUUAUGUAUAUAUUAUCAUAGAAAUAUAUAUAUAUAUUUAUACAAUCAAAGUGUUAGCGCAUAAUGUAGAGCUUAUACAAAAUCUUUUUAUUUAUAAGUUAUAUAUAUUUUUUUUAAAUAUAUAUAUUUAAAAUAUGUGUAUAAAUAAAAUGAAUUGUGUUAAAUACAACGUAGGUAAUACAAAAACGCUUAUUAUGGCAUCUGUACAAUCAGGCGGUAUUAUCAAAACAGAUGUACAUGUGAUUAUUAUAGCGUUAUACGUAUCUCUUCUCAGUCUUCGAUUAAUAUUCACAGUUGUCAAAUGCGUGUAAUUUUCAAUAAAUCGUUUAAGGUAAAUGUACCAAUCUCAAUCAAAAGAUUAAGAAUUCUAUAAGAGGAUAAAAUCUGAUCAUAAAGAUCAGAAUCACUUUUUGCAAUUAACAUACAAGUUAAAGAUCAGACGCUCUCUCUCUCUAUUUGUUAAAAGUAAAAAUAUAAAUUAAUUGAAAUAUCAUUUUCCCAUGGUAGAUUUUUUAUAAAUAAAAUGUUUUCUAAAGCAAGUAUAUAGAUGACUGGACAUUUGUUUUGCAUAAUGGAUUCUUAAUAGAGUCAACAAAUUUAAAUUAUACUUUAUAGUUCAGUCCAACUAAAAAUACGUGUCAUUUAUUCUCGAAAUUCGAAGCAGUUUAAUUAAUCUUAUAAUUGAUUAUGUAUUACAAAAAUUAGUAGAAUUAAGAAUGUUUUUAUCAUGCUGAUAAAUAAAGUAAUUAUUAACGUUAUAAAAAUUAUUAAUUUUUUUAUAGAAUCGAAUGUUUGGAUAUUUAAGUAAAAGUUCUUAACUAAGAUACAAGAAAAAUUUUUAUUCUAAAUAAGAAAAUUUGAUCAUUCUAAUUUAGAGACGUGCUCAGAUAUUGGUACUUUUACCUUAUAUAAUUAGCAUAUUUAACGAAAAUGUAAUGAAUCUAGUAAACAUAAAGAAGGUCUAUUUUAAUUUCUUUAGAACUACAUAAAUCGUAUAAUAGAUCUAUCUCCCUUACAGCCGAUAACUUUGUCACUUUCACAGAAGGAGACUAUCAUUAAUAUUAUAAUUCCACGAUAAAAAUUUGUAUCACAAUUUAUCGAACAAUUCAAAAAUGUACAGUCGUAUAUUAUUCGAAGAAUCUUUGCAAAGAUGCAAGAGGUAAAAACAAGUACGCAGUCUAGUCUCGGUACGAAAAGUCAUAAAUACGAAAACGUGUGCAUAAAUAAAUAAAGUCUCGUUAAGUACGCA